AUGUUUGAUCGGCGUCUUCUUGGUGUACAAGUAAAGAGUAUGUCAAAUAACUGUAGGAACGUAGAUGCUUUAUGGUGUCGACUGCCGAAGGACCACCCCAGUUUGCCUGACGUCAACUGUAUCCGUAUCCACAGACCUAAAUCAGUUCGUUUAGAACAAACUCAGUAUAGUAGUAGCCAAGGGAACGAAGAACAAGAGAAUACUACUGGGCUAAUACCUAGUGCGCACAACUUGGGCACCGCACCACACACAAAACUUCAUUUCCCUCUGCCACAUUCACGCGCCCUAAAACAUAACUGCGACUUCAAACUCCCGCAAAUCACCAAACACAACCCGUCAUCAAAGACCGAUAUACCGACCGACAUCAUGCCUCCUAAGAAGUGGGAUGAAGAGGAGAGCGACGACAGCUCCUCCUCCUCCGCUGCCCCUGCCGUUGGUGCCGCAGCCGUUGCUGCUCGCCGCAAGUUCGACGAUGAAGAGGACGAUGGAGAUGUCCUAGAUUCGUGGGAUGCCGAUGACUCCGAGGCCGAGCGUGAAAAGGAGCGCAAGGCUGCCGAGGUCAAGCAGAAGGCUGCCGCCGCCGCCGCAGCUGCCAAGAAGCCCAAGGGUCUGCGAAUCGCCCAACACCAAGCCGAGCGUGCCCAGCAGAAGGCUGAAGCCGAGGAAUCCGAUGAAUACGAGGAGACCGAGGGCGAGAAGCGUGAGCGACUCCGGCGCACCGAGCAGGAGGCCGAUCUCGCACACGCUGCCGAUAUGUUUGGAGAUAUUGGAAUCAGUGCCAACCGUUCCAAGGCUCGUCCCGCUACUGUCGUCGUCGACGCCAAUGAUCCCACCAAGACCGUCGACAUCUCCAAGCUGCCUCUCUUCCAGCCAAAGACCAAGCUCCAGUUCGAGACCCUCCGAGCAAGCAUCGCUCCUCUCAUCUCGGCCAACGCAAAGAGCGCCCACUACUCUCUGUUCCUCCAAGACUUCACCAAGGCCCUUGCCAAGGAGAUGAACAGCGAACAGAUCAAGAAACUCGCCAGCAGCAUGACUGCUUUGGGUAACGAAAAGAUGAGGGAGGAGAAGGCUGCCGACAAGGGCGGCAAGAAGUCAAAGGCUGCCAAAACCAAGACUUCCCUCGUCACUGGCCGUGCUAACGUUGCGGACACUACCACCUACGACGACAACGAUGACUUUGGAGAUAACACACGAAGGAGACCUCUCGCCCCUGGGUUCCGACCCACCGCUUCCAGCCUCGACUUGUACACUCCCGCCCCCGUCCAACUGUUUGCCAACUCGGCAUGCCGUCGACGCAAAGAUGACAAUCAAGUCCCGCGGCGUCGCCUCGAAACCCUCUCGGUUACUCGAGGGCAGAAGCAGGGGAGUAUGGCGGAGGUGCUCUGGGAGGGAAAGGCAGCAGGCAUGCAAAAGUGGUUAAUGCCCUAA